AUGGCUGGGACCGGUGAGGAUACACAGAAGAACCCUGAAGCAAAUGAACUUUCCGUUCUGCGAGCGGAAGUCACAGGCUUACACGCCGAGAUGAGAAAACUCUCCAACAUGUUCCAGUAUCUUAUGGAUUUAAAUAAUGUGGCGCCGGACAAACAUUUGGAGCAAGUACAACAGGUACAACAGGCCAAUGCCAAUUCGCAUUGUUGCUCCAAAAAAGAAAUUAUGUUAACAGUUAAUUCAAACAGUGACAUGGACAUACCUAAUGGCCAACCUAGCCCUGCCAUUUCGUUAUCGGAUACUUGUAGAGUAUCAUUAGAAAUGGCACAAACCGAAGAUAAGUUUGUUAUUACACCAGAAAAAGAUUUUACAUUCGAUUUCAGUAUGUUACAAGAACGCAGGGACAACGAGAGGAACGGAGCAAUACCUAAGGCACAUUCGGUGCUGAAAACAUAUGCAACUACCGGUAACAGAGACAAGGGCAUAAGAAAAGGUACUUUUUACAAAAAAUCAGUGUCUAGCCCUAAUCAGCCCAGAAUUGUUAACGAGAUUAAUAUCAAAAAGGGCAUUAGACACAAGGACACUGUUAAUACAAAAGAAAAUGUGAAUGAUGAUUUUAAUGAAUUUAUUAACAAUGAAUAUGAUUUUGACACUGUAUAUAAAACACCACGACCCCUAGUGGGAAAUGGUAGUAAUUCAAUCAAAGACAUGAUUUAUAAUUUUGAUUCUGUUUUAGAAACUAACAGUUUUAUGCUAUAUAAUGAAGACAGCAACAAAUGUGUAAUGGCUAAAAGCAACAGUUCAGUCAUUAUUAGCAACUGUGUGCCAACUGAUACAAAACAACAGUUCAGAUGGAUUUCUGGAAAGAGACUAAUGAGUGUUGCAUUUGCACAGUGCCUUGGAGUAUCUGCAAAACAAGAUCGUAGUCAAGUUGCCCUCAAUCUCUGUGACACAAAAAGUGAAUUACAAAAAUGGCAGUGUGGCAAUAAAACUGAACUUGCACUUAAUGGUGCUAACUUGAACGUCAACAAUGGUAUCAGCUAUGGGAAAAAAAUAGUUGUUUCCAAAUCAUCUGGGCCAUCAAGCAGGUGGAAAAUUUUUGGCACAAGUAACGACCUCUGUUCCAAAGGAUAUGAAGAAAUAUUUUCCCUGAAUGGUAACUCCAACGGACAGCCUUGUACAUUCCCUUUUCUGUUUAACAAGAAAUGGUAUGCUGACUGCACAACCGAUGGAAGAUCUGAUGGAGGAAGCUGGUGCUCAACCACAGAAAGCUAUGACAGAGAUGGGAAGUACGGAUUUUGCCCCAUAAAAGUGACCAGCGAAUGUGGUCUGCGGUGGCAUAAAGAACCACUGACUGGAGUCUGCUACCAGAUCAAUGGAGAGGCUGCCCUUACAUGGCAUGAAGCAAGAAAAAGCUGCCAACAAGAGAAUGCAGAUCUGUUAAGUAUCAGCGAGCUAACAGAGCAAACGUACCUCUCAGGUUUAACGGCUGGUAAAAGUUCUCCAUUAUGGAUAGGUCUAAACAGCUUGAAUUUCAAUUCUGGCUGGCAGUGGAGCGAUGGUGGACCAUUCCGAUACUUAAACUGGGCUUCAGGAAAUCCUGCUGACAAUCCAGGGAUGAACUGUGCAACCUUAAAUCCUGACAAAAAUGAAAAAUGGGAGACCAGGGAAUGUGGUCGUAGACUGGGAUACAUUUGUAAGAAAGGAAAAAGCAUGGGGACUAUUUUCAUUGAUACCUCUGACUCUACAGAGCAUAUUAAGUGCCCAGACCACUGGGUUCCAUAUGCAGGCUACUGUUACACAAUCAAAAGAGAAGAGAAAAUGUGGAAGGAAGCCUUGUCGGCAUGUCGAAAGGAAGAUGCUGACCUUACCAGUAUCCAUAAUAUUGAGCAACAUAGUUUUAUACUUUCACAGCUUGGAUAUUUGCCAACUGACAUUCUCUGGAUUGGACUGAAUGACCAGAAACAUCCCAUGCUAUUUGAAUGGAGUGACGGGACUCCAGUUACAUUCACCAAGUGGAAGCUCGGAGAACCAAGCCAUCUGAAAAACAGACAUGAAGACUGUGUACUCAUUGAGGGGCAGGAUGCACAUUGGGCAGAUCAUAUGUGCGAAAAUAGGCAUGGCUAUAUAUGCAAAAGGAAACCAUUAUCUGUAACUCAUGAUGAUGUCCAUAUAACUGGGAAAGGAUGCCAGAUGGGUUGGAGGAGACAUGGAUUCUAUUGCUACUUUGUUGGAUCCAUUGCCAAGACCUUUGCUGAAGCAAAUCAAACAUGCAACAGUGAUGGGGCUUAUUUGGUUACUAUUGAAGACAGAUAUGAACAGGCUUACCUGACAAGUCUCAUUGGACUUAGACCUGAGAAAUAUUUUUGGACUGGUUUGGCUGAUGUAAUGAAAAAGGGAACAUUUACAUGGACCAAUACAGAUCGAGUAACAUUCACAAACUGGAAUGCAGAGAUGCCAGGAAGUCAUACAGGAUGCAUUGCUUUGAGGACUGGGAUUGCUGCUGGAUUAUGGGAUAUUAUGGAUUGUAAUGAAAAAGCAAAGUACAUCUGCAAGCAACUUGCAACAGGGCAGACACCCCCUCCACCUCCAGCAACACCUUCUGCUUCUCGAUGUCCAAAUGGGUGGGUUUCUUCUGCACAUGUAAACUAUUGCUAUAAACUUUUCAUGCUUGAAGAUGAACACCAGAAGACAUGGUGGCAAGCACGAGAUUAUUGCCGCGAAACUGGUGGAGAUCUUGCCAGUAUCCACAGUAAAGUUGAUGAAUUCAUAAUAAAGGACUCAGUACAAGACGAUUAUAUUUAUUCAAAUUCCUGGCUUGGGCUCACUGCAAUGGAUCCUACAAAAGGGUAUGCAUGGAGUGAUGAUUCACCUCUGGAUUAUACAAACUGGGGAUAUCGAGAGCCGGAUAGCCAUUUAGGAUUAGAGCUCUGUGCAAUUGCAACAGUUUCUUAUGAUAUAGACUGGCAUGUCAAACACUGUGAUGGCUAUUUUGACUGGAUCUGCCAAAUUAAGAAAGGUACUGAAGUCAAAGAAAUAGCAGCAAACAUCUCUGUUCCAGAAUAUAAUAUUACUGAGGAUGGCUGGAUUAUCUACAAUGAUUUUCAGUACUAUUUUAGCUCUGAAGAGCGCUCCAUGAAGGAAGCCAGAGAAGUUUGUAAAAGGAACUUUAGUGAUCUUGUUGUAAUAAACGAUGAAAAUGAGAGAGUCUUUGUAUGGAAACAGAUUUGUAGGAAAUACUACAAUACAAAUAUCUACAUUGGAAUGAAGCUGGGACUAGACGGAACAUUCCGGUGGAUUGAUGGAUCACUAAUAACUUAUGUUGCUUGGGCGAAGGAUGAGCCAAACUGUGAAAAUGAGGACGAACAUUGUGUUGUAAUAUCCUCAUACUCAGGUUUUUGGGAGGAUAUUAACUGUGGAGCUCUAUACAACUUCAUAUGUGAGAGACAUAACAGCUUCAUUAACACAACCGCAGUGCCAACAACUCCACCAGUGGUGAAAGGCGGGUGUCCAGAAGACUGGCUUCCAUUUGAGAGCAAGUGCUAUGGAAUCUUUGGAAAAACUUUAGAGGAACGUGCUGAUUGGUUUGUUGCAAGAAAUGAAUGUAAGAGCUUUGGAGGGAAUUUGGUAUCAAUCAUGAAUGCAAAAGAACAAGCAUUCCUUGUUAUUAACCUGAGAGAGAUGGAUGUUGACACCUGGAUUGGAUUAAAUGAUAUCGUUACAUAUCAGUUUCUCUGGACAGAUGGAGAGCCAGUACAUUACACAAACUGGUACAAAGGUUAUCCGAUCGGAUACGCAAACAUUGGAUACCAUUUCAGUUCCAAACAUGAUUGCACAUUAAUAAGCAAUGGAAAGAUGCUAUCAACAGGAUACUGGAAGGAUGAAACCUGCGAAGUAGAAAGAGGAUACAUAUGUUACAAAUCUAAAGACCCUACCUUACCAGAGAAACCUACAGCAAGUACUCAUAAGGAUAUUCUCACCUUUGGUAACAACAGUUAUGAAAUAAUCCCCCAGAAAAUGAGCUGGGAAGAUGCGCAGAAUAAAUGUGUAACCAGAGGCUUUGUACUUGCCAGCAUCCUGAAUGUAUAUGAACAUUCAUUUUUGUGGCUGCAAGUUCUUAAGUAUAAAGAACCUGUUUGGAUAGGACUAAACAGCAAUAAGACUGCAGGGCAAUAUAUAUGGAUUGAUAAAUGGAAGAUGCAGUUUACAAAAUGGGGCGAAGAUCAACCAGAUACAAAUGACGCCUGCGUUUACCUGGAUAUGGAUGGAUCAUGGAAGACCACAUCCUGUGACAAUGAAUAUAUCUCACUUUGCAAAAAGUCAGAUGAUAUUGUGCCAACUGAUCCACCAGAUUAUCAUGGAAGAUGUCCAGAACCAGUACAAGAAACAGACUGGAUUCCCUUCCACAAUUACUGCUACUUGUUUGAGAGUGCAAACAAUAAAAACUGGAAUGAAGCAUUUAUUGCUUGCUAUAAGGAAGGUGCAAAUUUGGUGUCAAUUGAAGAUCCUGCUGAACAGAAGUUCAUUAGCGAUACCCUGAGCAUCUUGAGUGAUAGAGUUAGAGGAUUCUGGAUAGGACUUUACAAGAACCCAGCCCGUGAAUGGCUAUGGAUGGACAGGUUACCUGUGGACCUAGUGAACUGGGAAAGUGGACAGCCAUCUGGAGAAGGAGAUGAUGAUGACUGUAUUGUGAUCCACACAGAAAAGGGGACUUGGUAUUCUGUCCGAUGCUGGCAUUACUUUGGAUAUAUUUGCAAGAUACCGAGGAUUAUAGAAUCUAAUCAAACAUCUGAGAAGACUAAAGAUUUAAAUGAGACAAGUGGGAAGCUGGACUCUCCCAAGUCACAUACUGCUGUCAUUACUGUCAUUGUAGUCCUACUCGUGCUUGCUGCUGUUGCAGGAACAAUGUAUUACUUCUUCAGAAAGCGGCAAAGGAUGCAUACAAAUUAUGGUCAUCUUGGUAAAACAAUCUGUUUAAAUUCUGAGCAUCAGCAUGGUACUGAUGCAUGUGGCCUUGUAUACAGCCCUGAAGAGAAUGAACAUGACACAAUUUAACACAUCAGCAGUCUGAAAGUGUGGCAAAAAGAAUGCUAAAUGGAUCAUUACCUGGAUUUAAGAACUAUGUUGCUCUAAACGUUUUGUUACUUAUCAAGCACAUUACAUUUUUGACCCCCCCCCCCAUUCAGGCCAAUAUAGAAUACAUACAUGAUAUCAGAAGAAUGGUUGUGUGAACUAAAUGGAAGCUAUCUUAUUGAUAAAAAUAAAAUAAAACAUU